AUGGCGACGGACGGCGCCGACUACCGGAGGCUAUUGCAUGGGCGUCAGAACUCCCAUCAGGCUCCUGUAGAUGGAGCAGAUGGGUUCCAGGAUGACAAUCAUGUUGCACCACAAUCACCGCCCCACAAUAUUGGAGCAAGUUCCCAAAGGGGUGUAGGCUCUGCAGAUUGGGGCGUUUUCAGUAGCAUGAAGAUUGUGCUGUUCAAAUCCAAGCUCAAUUUUCUUAUACCAUGUGGAUUCUUGGCAAUACUGAUCGACUAUAUCAGCCAAAAUCAGGGCUGGGUGUUUCCUAUGAGCCUGUUGGGUAUCAUUCCUUUGGCAGAGCGAUUGGGUUUUGCUACUGAGCAGUUAGGACUCUUCACUGGCCGAACAGCUGGAGGCCUUCUGAAUGCUACAUUUGGUAAUGCAACCGAGCUGGUCAUAUCGAUCCAUGCGCUACGGAGUGGAAAGCUACGGGUGGUUCAGCAGUCUCUGCUCGGAUCAAUCCUGUCGAACACGCUCCUGGUUCUCGGUUGUGCAUUCUUCGGUGGCGGACUUGCCUGUGGCAAAACUGAGCAAGCUUUCAGAAAGGAAGAUGCUGUGCUGAACUCCGGGCUGCUCUUGAUGGCGGUGAUGGGGUUGGUGUCUCCUGCUAUGCUGUACUAUACUCACACUGAAGUUAACCUGGGCCAGUCAGCGCUGGCAUUAUCAAGGUUCAGCAGCUGCAUAAUGCUCGUUGCUUAUGCUGCUUUCGUUUACUUCGAGUUGUCGAACAGUCGCCGUCGAGAUGAAGCUUGUGAGGCAAGCAUUCAGGGAGGAGGUCGAGAUCAAGGGGAUGAUGACUACGAAUAUGCAUAUCCUGAAAUUUCGAAAUGGGAAGCCAUUGCUUGGCUUGCAAUUUUCACAGCUUGGAUCUCAGUUUUCUCUGGCUUUUUAGUUGAUGCUAUUGAGGGGGCUUCCAAGGCUUGGAAAAUACCGAUUGCAUUCAUCAGUACUGUUUUGCUUCCAAUUGUGGGGAAUGCCGCAGAACAUGCUAGCGCUGUUAUGUCUGCGAUUAAAGACAAAUUAGACAUUUCCCUUGGAGUGGCUAUUGGGUCUUCAACGCAGAUAUCCAUGUUUGUGAUACCAUUUAGUGUAGUGACAGGAUGGAUGAUGGGCCAGCCAAUGGACUUGAAUUUCCAUCUGUUUGAAACUGCAAGCCUCUUGAUAACCGUAUUGGUCGUAGCAUUUUUGUUGCAGGAUGGCACCUCGAAUUGUUUCAAAGGGUUGAUGCUAAUUCUCUGCUAUCUGAUAGUAGCUGCCAGUUUUUAUGUAUAUGCUGAUCCAAAUAUUGAUGGUGUUUAGCCUCCAAAACUAGUACCUUAAUGAUUGGAUGGAUUGUUCACAAGAUUUUUACCAUGGGAUUACGUGAGUACGUGACAGUGAGAACAAGAGCUGUUUUCUGUAUCUUUGGCUGACUUCUCGGUGUUCCUCACCCUCAGAGGUCUUUCAAGCACACCCACUGCUGUAGAUAUGCAGAAAAAUAAAAGUUCA